GCAGCGCCGGCCUUUCCACCCUCCCGUGCCUCCGUGUCCACCUCCACUCUCCAAAAAGGCUCAAUCGCCAACCUCCGUCGCGAACGACUUUCCCGCCCGAUUGCUCUUUUUGCCCUCUUUCCUCCCCGUCAACCCAUCUCCACUCAGUCUUUGUUUGUCGUCCAAACCCAGAUAUCCAAAAUGGCCAGCUCUACCCCCAAGGUCGACGCUGUCGUCGAGAAGGCUAAGGCUGCUGCUGCUCCCCAGAUGAGCGCUGCCAGCCUCUAUUCCAGAUUCGCUCUUGCUGGUGCCAUCUGCUGCUCCGUCACCCACGGUGCCCUCACCCCCGUCGAUGUCGUCAAGACUCGCAUUCAGCUCGACCCUGUCACCUACAACAAUGGCAUGAUCGGCGGCUUCAAGAAGGUCAUCCAGAGCGAGGGUGCCGGUGCCCUCCUUACCGGUGCCGGCCCUACCUUCGCUGGUUACUUCCUCCAGGGUGCCUUCAAGUUCGGUGGUUACGAGUUCUUCAAGCAGCAAAGCAUCAACUUGAUCGGCCUUGAGAACGCCACCAACAACCGCACUGCCGUCUACCUCGCUUCCUCCGCCGCUGCCGAGUUCUUCGCCGACAUUGCCCUCUGCCCCCUCGAGGCCACCCGUAUCCGUCUCGUCUCCCAGCCCACCUAUGCCAGCGGCCUCAUCAGCGGCUUCGGCAAGAUGCUGAAGAACGAGGGUGUCGGCGCUUUCUACGCCGGCUUCGGACCCAUUCUCUUCAAGCAGAUCCCUUACACCAUGUCCAAGUUCGUCGUCUACGAGAAGGUCGCCGAGGCCAUCUACAACGUCUACCCCAAGAAGGACAUGUCCGACGGUGCCCAGACCGCCGUCAACCUUGGCUCCGGUCUCAUUGCCGGUUUCGCCGCUGCCAUCGUCUCCCAGCCCGCCGAUACCAUGCUCUCCAAGAUCAACAAGACCCCCGGUGCUCCCGGCGAGUCCACCACCUCUCGUCUCGUCAAGAUUGCCAAGGAGCUCGGCCUUAAGGGCUCUUACACCGGUAUCGGUGCCCGUCUCUUCAUGGUCGGCACCCUUACUGCCUUCCAGUUCGCUAUCUAUGGCGACGUUAAGAAGACUCUUGGCUGUGCUCAAGGGAUCGAGCUCGCCAAGUAAACGCGAUUCUGAAGCGUUUGGGAACGUAUAAUGAUGGAGGAGGAGUUUGGGGAUAAUGGGUGUGAGGUCGGCAACACGGGGACCACCUUGUGGGUCGACUCGGUUGCCCGGCCAACUCGCCAAUGAACAAAACAAGCGAGGGAUGUGUUUGGCAUUGCAAGCAUCCCCUUGCAGAAAGAUUUCCGGUCCUUGUUGAG